AUGGGCGGAAGUGACGCGACGCUGGCUCCCGGCCCUGAGGGGAGGUCUCGGAAGGAGUUCGGCAGUUGAUGGCGUCUCGGGAUCGGAAGCCUUUCUGACGCUCCCCCGUUGGCCGGGAGCCCCUCACUGGGUACACAAUGACAUCCUUUCAAGAAGUCCCAUUGCAGACGUCCAACUUUGCACAUGUCAUAUUUCAAAAUGUGGCCAAGAGUUAUCUUCCUCAUGUACACCUAGAAUGUCAUUACACCCUAACUCCAUAUAUCCAUCCACAUCCUAAAGAUUGGGUUGGCAUAUUCAAGGUUGGAUGGAGUACUGCUCGGGAUUAUUACACAUUUUUAUGGUCCCCUAUGCCUGAACAUUAUGUCAAAGGAUCAACAGUCAAUUGUGUUCUAACAUUUCAAGGAUAUUACCUUCCGAAUGAUGAUGGAGAAUUUUAUCAGUUCUGUUAUGUUACCCAUAAGGGUGAAAUUCGUGGAGCAAGUACACCUUUCCAGUUUCGAGCUUCUUCUCCAGUUGAAGAAUUGCUUACUAUGGAAGAUGAAGGAAAUUCUGACAUGUUGGUGGUGACCACAAAAGCCGGCCUUCUCGAGUUGAAAAUUGAGAAAACCAUGAAAGAAAAAGAAGAACUAUUAAAGUUAAUUGCCGUUCUGGAAAAAGAAACAACACAACUUCGAGAACAAGUUGGAAGAAUGGAAACUGAACUUAAUCAGGAGAAAGAAAAAUGUGACCAACUACAAGCAGAGCAGAAGGGUCUUAUUGAAGUAUCACAAAGUUUAAAAACGGAAAAUGAAGAGUUUAAGAAGAGAUACAGUGAUGUUGCAUCCAAAGCUCUCCAACUUGAAGAAGAUAUUGUGUCAGUGACACAUAAAGCAAUUGAAAAAGAAACAGAACUAGAUAGCUUAAAAGACAAGCUCAGGAAGGCACAACAUGAAAGAGAACAACUUGAAAGUCAGUUGAAGACAGAAAAGGAUGAGAAAGAACUUUAUAAGGUACAUUUGAAGAACACAGAAAUAGAGAAUACCAAGCUUGUGUCAGAGGUCCAGACUUUAAAGAACUUAGAUGGGAACAAAGAAAACAUGAUUGCACAUUUCAAAGAAGAGAUUGGUAGACUGCAGUUGUGUUUGACUGAAAAGGAAAAUCUUCAAAGAGCUUUUUUGCUUACCACUUCAAAUAAGGAAGAUACAUUUGUUUUAAAGGAGCAACUUCGUAAAGCAGAGGAACAGGUUCAGGCAACUCGGCAAGAAGUUGUCUUUCUGGCUAAAGAGCUUAGUGAUGCUGUAAAUGUACGAGAUAAGACGAUGGCAGAUCUACAUAGUGCACGUUUGGAAAACGAGAAAGUAAAAAAGCAGUUAGCAGAUACAGUGGCAGAACUUCAACUGAAUGCUAUGAAAAAAGAACAGGAAAAGACUGAUACACUGGAACAUGAGCUGAGAAGAGAGGUUGAAGAUCUGAAACUCCGUCUUCAGAUGGCGGCAGAUCAUUAUAAAGAAAAAUUUAAAGAAUGUCAGAGGCUCCAGAAACAAAUAAAUAAACUUUCAGACCAGUCAAGUCCGACAAAGGAAGCAAGACAGCAGCAGGAAAAAACAGGAGCCCGAGCCCCCAUUUCCAGACCAUUUUCCUUUAAGUUCUUGGCGAAUAAUAACAGUGUCCUCACAAAGAAAAUUGGAAGUCAGCAGAAAGUGAAUGAUGCCUCAAUAAACACAGACCCAGCUACUACUGCUUCUGCAGCUGAGACCGAUUUUGACAUGGUAACAAAGGGGCAAAUCUGUGAAAUGACCAAAGAAAUUGCUGACAAAACAGAAAAGUAUAAAAAAUGUAAACAACUUUUGCAGGAUGAGAAAACAAAAUGCAAUAAAUAUGCUGAUGAACUUGCAAAAAUGGAGCUGAAGUGGAAAGAACAAGUAAAAAUCGCUGAAAAUUUAAAACUAGAACUAGCUGAAGUAGAGGACAAUUACAGACUUCAGUUGGCAGAGAAAGACAAAGAAAUAAAUGGUCUAACUUCACACUUGGAUAACCUCUCCAGGGAGAAGGAAAUUAAAAGGAGUCUAGAAAAUCAAGCAGAAAGGAAAACGGAAGGCCAGAAUUCCCGAAGUCCACAGCAGGUCUCACAGUGUCUCAGCACGUGCUCAGAGCAAACCGGGCAUGUUCCUGCAGUGCCAAGUAAACAACCAGUUCUGCAGUAUGGUAAUCCUUAUGCAGCACAGGAAACCAGAGAUGGAGCAGAUGGUGCUUUUUAUCCAGAUGAAAUUCAGAGGCCACCUGUUAGAGCACACUCUUGGGGACUGGAAGACAAUGUUGUCUGCAGCCAACCUGCUCGAAACCUUAGUCGGCCUGAUGGUUUAGAAGACCCUGAGGAUAGCAAAGAAGACGAGAAUGUACCCACUGCUCCUGAUCCUCCAAGUCAGCAUUUACAUGGGCAUGGAACAGGCUUUUGCUUUGAUUCCAGCUUUGAUGUUCACAAGAAGUGUCCCCUCUGUGACUUAAUGUUCCCUCCCAACUAUGAUCAGAGCAAGUUUGAAGAACACGUUGAAAGUCACUGGAAGGUGUGCCCGAUGUGCAGUGAGCAGUUCCCUCCUGACUAUGACCAGCUGGGCUUUGAAAGGGUUGCUGAAUGCUUCCCCUGAAAAAAGGUGGCUGUUUUCAAAAUCAGCAACUGCUGGUGAGGAUUUCUUGGCACAGUUACGACCAGCAUGUUAUUGCUGCAUCUUCCUGAUAAUCUCAGCCGACACCGGGGGAUGGAAAUUGAUUGUGUGGUGCCGCAGGCCCUGAGCUGUCUUGUAACUCUUCCCACAACGACAUUUGAAUGGUUUGCGGACACGAAUCUGUGUUCUGUGACCAUUCUUAGCAUGGUACUUUAUGCCAUUCACAUUCUGUGGAGAAGACAAAAAUAGCACCUAUUAUAUGGUGUCACACAAUGUCUGUCAAAGUUGAGAGAACCACAGUAUGGGUCCUGAAUGCAAUCAGACCUCUCCUAGAUGGCAGCUGUUCAGAGAGAUAGUAAGCUUUUGUGUGGACCUGAGUUGUGACCCUGCAAGGACACAGUCUGGUGGUGGGGACUCAUGGGCUGCAGACUGGGCAUGCACACAGCUACCUCAAGGAAACAAGUAUGCCUCAGUUACUCCGAAAAUAAAAGUACUGAUUUCUUAAAUUUUACAUAAAAUAUGUAUUUAGGACUCAGUAUAGAGACAAAGAGGCAUAGUUUCUUCUCCCUGGAACUUUGCUUCCUCUCAGAACUUUUUCUACCCUGAAAAGAGUUAAUAACGAUGCCAUAAAAGAUCCUUGGGAUGACCAACAACAUGUCUUCCAAAAAAAGAAAACACAGGUUAGGAAAGUCUCAGAGAUUUCAAGACUUGUUACAGAUUCUUGAUUUGGAAGCUCAGUUUAAGUACUGCUUCCAGGCAACCGUGAUGAUAGCGCCCAGGCACCUUAAGGUGUAUCUUGUGUAUCUUGCCCAAUUAAACCUUCAGGUAACUCCAGCCUCAGCUGUUACCUUAACUGCAGCCACAUGGAGAACCACCCAGCUGAGCCCAGUCAACACACACAAACAUAAAAGAUAAUUGUUUUUAAGCCACUUAAAAAAGAUUACAAUAGUUUAUGACCAUUUAGAAGACGGCUGCCACCUUUCUAGGUAAUAGUAACAAUACGACAAAGUCCCCUGGUUCAGAAGUGGUAAGAAUUUGCGUAUUAAAUACUCAUUGAGCACUAAGUAGGGCCCCUUUUUGUAGAUGAAGAUUACUAAACAUUGCACCAUGUUCUUCUUUUCACAGGGAACUUGUUGCAAGAGGGACUAUUAAAAACCCCUGUGUCCCGUACCACUCACACCUUAUUAGAAAAGAGGAAAUCAAAAAUAAAAAGCACUAACCAACAAACAGAAAGGCACAGCAACCUCAGCAGGAUCAGGGCUUAGAUAUGCCACUCAGGCCUGAGUUUUUGUAACUAAUUAGGCAAGAGAAGCUUAAAAACCAGAAAUGCUGAAGCCACAAGAAGCCAGCUGGACAUGAAACCAGACCCAGAGUUUACCAGAAGGACAAGCUGGAGUUGAGGUGAUUCUAACAGGCUCUGUGGUCUGCUCCCUGCUUGAAUGUAAACAUUAUGUUGUGUGGCUGGCUAAGGCUGUGAAGCAAACACAGCCAACCCCAUAUAUCGGCAUCACUGCCGGAAAAACUAUGAAGCUAUUUGCCCAUUUGGAGGUGUGACAUUUCCAAGGAUGGCCAAAGAACCUGCCUUACCAUCACUUUUUUCUCUUUGUUGCCAUGGCUUAAAGUGUUCACAGGUGUGGGACACCCUUAUCAACAAAUGUUGAAUCAGACUGCUGAGCAAGCUUUUUAUAUAGGUAAUGGGAGCUUUUUCCACUUUCCAAGAUUAUAGGAUUUUUAAAAAGAUUCACUGAAAUUUCUGAUUAAAUAGACCCUGAAAUGAGUUGAUCUUUCAGAAAUUUAUAAAUACACAAAGGCAAGUGACUAAAAAUGCAAUGCUUAAAUACUUGGGUCUUUUUAGAGAGGAAUGAGAAUUAAUCUUUGAUAGGGCAAGGGAUGAUCACUGUCGCUUAAAGACCUUAUCCCAGUGCUGAGUAUUGAUGUCUACUGCCUGAUUCAAUCCUCAUCUUUUACAUGAGAAAACUCAUGUCCAGAAAAGGUGAACGAUAGAUCAUGUGGCUGGUAGAUGAUAGGAUUGGAAUAUAAGCAGGAUGUUUGAUUCCAUAGCCUGUAUAUUCCCCCAGAAUUCCCGUAGCCUCCUAACAUGCUAGGUACUCAUGAGUUAGAACAACUAGCUUGGAAGCUUUUAAACAUCUUACCAGUCCAGAAGGAUUAGGAUACUCCAUCUGGAGAAAACUGGCUAUGAAUUACAAGGGUCUUCUGACAAUGGGCUAGUAUCUGAAGGGAAGAGGUCAGGCAAGAGGCAUUCAGGAAGGCUUGGGGUGGUGGACAGGGGAAGGCUGACAGGUUUUACCAUCAGAACUACCACCCCUACUUAUGGAAUUAAGCCAGUCAAUGGACAACAAUUUAGAGGCUACUGUCAAAAUACCACUUCAAAUCAAAUCAUGAAACCUAAAGUCUGGAUGCCAAGCUGGGCUAUCCUGCCUUUAAUGAUAUUUGAUCUUUGUUGCUGGUAUUCAGGCCUGAAUAUAUAUAAUUUGUGACCUGUGUCCUUGUUAUGGAAGCUAUAGCUUUUAUGUUCCACAUAAAGGAUGAAGUUGCUUGGGGACUGGACAAGGGAGGAAGGUGGAAAAAAAAAAAAGGGAUGGUAGAGGUGAUGUUAGAGCUUAAAGGUGUCACUCCACCAGCCCCAGAAAGCCAGGUGCUAUGGC